AUGCAGACUAUAUGUUCUUGUGAAGAAGGGAUGGAGGUUGGAAAGAUGAUAGAAAACAAAAGGAGUCCUUGCUCUGUCGACCAUAGCAGUCUCGCUUCUUUGGCAUCGAAACGGCAGAAGGCGGAUUUGUCUAUCUCCACAAAGGAUAGAAAAGUGAAGCUCAGUGAACGCAUUGUCGCUCUGCAGCAGCUUGUUUCACCGUACGGAAAGACAGAUACUUCUUCUGUCUUACUGGAGGCAAUGGAAUACAUACAAUUUUUUCACGAACAAGUUAAGGUGUUGAGUGCUUCAUACCUCCAAACAACACCAAGUAAUACGCAGAAUGUAGAGCAUUAUAGCCUGAGAAACCGAGGUUUAUGUCUUGUUCCGAUCUCUUGUACCGUAGGAGUUGCUCAGAGCAACGGUGCCGACAUUUGGGCUCCCAUCAAGACCACAUCUCCUAAAUUCGACUAAAGCCGUCUCACAAUUCAAUUGACGUUUCAUUUCACUGCAAUUGGAAGGCUUUGGGAUACACUAAAUGAGUUCAGUAGGUAACCAACUUAUUAUCCAAUGCACAAAAUUUUCCUGGUUGUAACAAAAACUUAUAUAGGUAAUGAA